AUGACAACGACGGAUGUUGCAACGGGCGAUGCGACCAGAGGACCGAAUGACAUCAAAUCUUCGGAAAGGCGUGGCAGGCUCGCAGGCGACAAAGUGAAGACACGACGCAUCCGUGACUCGGAUCAAGAAUCGAGUGACGAAGAAGGUGCGCGUGUCGGCCAAUACCAUGGCAGGAUUGUCAAGAAAUGGAUUCAAUAUCCGGCAGAUGCCGACCACCCAAAAUAUGGCGAAUUUCAUUCCCAGAAGGAUAACGAAGAGCGGAACCUUAUCCAUCGAACAAUCAGAGAACUGUCUAGGAAACAGAAAGACCUUCCACCGCACGCCCUAACUUUCAUCGAGUCCUUGGUAGUCGAUUCUCCCGACCUAUUCGUCGCUAAAGACUCAGACCAAAAGGUCCCAAUGCUUGAAGCCGCCAAUUCCCAGGUAGCCAUCCUGUUUCGGAUAAUCAACCUCCUAAUACCGAGCGAGAUUCGCGAUGCUAUCAAGACCGAGUGCCAGGACGAGAAAUCCAACUGCCCCUUACAAAAGGUGGUCCUGGCACGCCGAAAACAGUGCAGCAUCAAUCCAGGAAAGGCCAGUAAGGCCAGUAAGACUGACACCAUACAGACUGCUGAUCCUGAGCAAGGUCUUGAUUCUACAAGAACGGAAAUCAGUGGCAUUGCAGAGAGAACCGAAUGUCUUCACGGCCAGGUCGACGUGAAAAGGCUCUUGGAAAAAGACCAUCAACUGAGAAAGAAGCUUGUAGCUGCUCUGAAGCCUCACGAGCAGGCUCAGUUAUGUCUCCAGUCGCUCCUAGUGGACACCAAAUUCGACAAGGGUCAGAAGAAAAGCGACCAAGUCGUCCCGUUGCCCGGAUUCAAGACCCUUCUUCAACUCUGCCCUGAUGAUUUGUUCAGCAACCAACCGAGCAACGGGUACACUCCUCUGCAAAUGGCUGUCAAGCUCUACGGCACCGAAGACAUCGACUAUGAUCUUCUCUUCUUUGUCAUUCAGGCUUUGAUCGACCGAUGCCCGGCUUCCAUCUUUUUGAAGCAUAAGGGCGAAAAGAAUGCGUAUAAAUUGUUAAAGUCCUUGGAUGAGGCGAAGUCUACGAAGAAUGCCAGUUCGCGAGCGCUGGCCGAAGAGUUGCUGAAGAGAAGCUGCAUUGGCUUUCCAGAAGGUUUGGGAGAUGCAAGAUCGGUCUUAGGGGGUGAGAGAAAUGAUUCCUGGGCGAAGAAGAUGGACUUCCUCUACUGGGAUGCAAAAUUAGGUACGUCAGCCACAACUCUGAGAGAGCUGCUCUUGGCCUUACAAAAGAUUCUGGAGGGCGACCCUAACUCGCGGGUAGAGCAGCGAUUCUACCUCAACCUAACAGGGGAGUCCGUCAUGCUCGACAAGGCCUACAUUAAUACAAUAAAAAAUCAGUCCGGCCUGCGUCUCGAAACUGUGUUAGAUUUUGUCAAGUUGCCUUACUGGAAGCCACAAGACCGGAAUUCACGACUGAGCUCCGCGAAUGCGCGAUAUGGGCAACAUCAGAAUCACAGUCCUAGCGAAGGGAAAGAUGUUGGCGAGCCUGAAUUGCCAACCCUCGAUCCCUACGGGGCCAUGUUUGAUUGGCUAUGGGGUUGCAACGUACGCAAAAUUUUCACGAUCGACGUCGAUGACGACGGUCCGGAGCCACACACCAAUGCGUCUAUUCGUAAAGCCUUCAGAGGCGAGAAUGACAGUACCAACCCGACGCGAGAUUUCGAGGUCGAAGUUUGGAAAUGGAAGAAGUUCGACAUCUGCGCUGAGACUGUGGCCACGGCGGCUCCGAAGGCCCGACAUAUCUAUUUCUAUUCCCGCGGGAAUACAGCUGUUCUACGGGGCUGGGCCAGUAGCCCAGGACAGCUUGAAAAGUUGAACAUUGAGAUAUUUCCAGAGAACGUGAACGAUGAAGAAGAUUGUAGGGUAUACGAGCCAAACUUUAAGGAAACCCUCGCACAAAACUGUGCACAACUCAAGAUUGAGAACAUUUCGGUGAAGAAUCACGGUUACCGGAGGGACCUUGGAGCAAAUGAAGCUGGCAACGAAGGGAUGAGUGUCAGGAACAAAGGCCAGUCACGGCACGAACAAAGCACUAACAAGCCCUCUAUCAAAGUUGCACUCCUAGACGACGGUGCCAAGUUGACUGACCUUCAUGGCCAACAAAAUGGUCGAUCGUUCCGCGCAGACAAGGAGGAAUUCUUUGUUGGGCCAUGUGAGCAUGGUACGGCCAUGGCACGCUGCAUACGGGAGGUCUGUCCAAUGGCUGAGCUGUACAUCGCCCGCCUGGACGAUUCAAGACAUGUGGAGAACCAGAAGUUCACGAUCACCUCCUGCCACCAAGCUUUACAAUGGGCUUUGGACAUGGAGGUGGACAUCGUCUCUAUGAGCUGGACGUUCGAGAGAAAAGGUAUAACCAACGAUGAAGCUGAAGAGGCGUUUGUUAAGCUUGCCAAGCAAGCCAUUGCCAGCGGAAAGGUGAUUCUCUUCGGCUCCCUUCCAGACAAGGGCCCAGGGGCACAGACAUCAGAAUUCCUUCCCAUAGGGAUGGACGGCGUCCUCAAGAUCGGCGCCGCCACCCUCCACGGGCAAAGUUCGGCUGAAAAUAUACAUUCCAACCCCGAUUUCCUUCUCCCUGGUGAGAGCCUAUUCAGCCCUACUGGGGAGAUUGUCCGGGGUAGCUCAUACGCCACAGCCUAUGCUUCUGGUCUUGCUGCUAUUGUGCUCUACUGCGUGAAAGCACACCAAGAGUUGGAGGAGGUCACAGAAGACGACGAGAUGCAUAAGGCUUGGGAUAUGGCCAAGAGGGUGAAAGGGAUGAAAAUUAUUUUCAACCGUCUUAGUCAGAAGAACUCUGAAUACCGGUCGGACCGAGGUGCUUUUGUGCAACCGUAUAUUGUCUUUGGGCAGGAUUUCAAGGAUUCUCGAGACGACAAGAGGAACGCUUUGCGCAGGAUUGUGACAGAAAUCCUCCCUCCUGACGUCCUAAGCUGGGCCACUAAGCCAGGCGAUUUCCAUGAUGAUGGAUCCGGCGAGGCCUAUGUUCUUCUGGUUGUUGAGGUUGUGCACAAGCCUGAGUGUCACGCCGAGCUGGUCGAGAGACUACCCUUGCAGCAUCAUGGACACGACCAAAAUCUUGACCCUUUUGACGACGAUUUCGGCAGAGUACCGGAGCUUGAUGUCGUCGGAUAUGGAUAUUGGCUGUGUUGGGUCGACGGCAACACGGGCCUACGCCAGCGCGUUCUCGACACUCUAGGUGGCAGGGACCGCUGUGCUUUUGGGAUUCGAAGUAAAGACCUUUCAUGCAGUCAGUUGGAGGCGGUCGUCGAGAUGGAGACGAAGGAGCCUUGUACGAUCUAA